UUAGCAGUGUUGAUACAACACAGGUUCGCUUCACUUCUCUUACACGCGUCGUUAUUCACACCUGUUGUUCCAGACCAGACCAGAGGCAGGAUAUAUUCAGACUUUUUUUGUUAUUUAUCUCUCAAGGGUUUCUUACGCCCAGUAAACACCAUAACGUUUAUGUCUUUAUUCACAGACGAAUUAAAGAACCGCUCUGUUACGUGGAGAUAUUUGUGCUCAACCGCUGCAGCUAAAGUGAUUGGAGUGCAAGACAGAUGGAGGACCCGGCGGACUCUGGUGGCGGCGGCACCGCAACUUCUGCGGGCCCCUCGGUGCUGGUGACGGAGAUCCACUGCUCGGCUGGGGCUCGUCCCUUGCGGCUGCUGGAAUGGAAGGUAAAGCCCGGGUCACAUGUGAACAUCGACUCGGUUCUAGCGGUGUGUAUCCCCAUCCCGGUGGAGAGACAGGCCGGAACAGAGCCCCGGGACCCGCCGAGUCGGCAGGCUGAGAAGAAGGUGAAGUCGGACCGGGCCGGAGUUGUGAGAGAGCUGUGCUGUCAGCCUGGACAGGUCAUCUCUCCGGGGGGUAUAUUAGUUCGAAUUGAAGAAUGCACCCAUCCGGUUGUCAUGAAAGGCCUCUGUGCAGAAUGUGGCCAGGAUCUCACACAAUUGCAAAACAAAAAUGGGAAACAGCAAACCCCCAUAUCCACAGCCAACGUGUCCAUGGUCCACAGUGUCCCGGAGCUUAUGGUCAGCUCAGAGCAAGCUGAGCAGUUGGGGCGAGAGGACCAACACCGGCUAUACAGAAACAGGAAACUUGUGCUGAUGGUAGAUUUGGACCAGACGCUGAUCCAUACUACUGAGCAACACUGCAAGCAAAUGUCCAACAAGGGAAUCUUCCACUUUCAGCUUGGCCGGGGAGAGCCCAUGCUCCACACUCGGCUACGUCCCCACUGCAAAGAUUUCCUUGAGAAGAUUGCCAAACUGUACGAGUUGCACGUUUUUACCUUCGGUAGCAGGCUGUAUGCACACACCAUAGCAGGAUUUUUAGAUCCAGAAAAGAAGCUCUUCUCACAUCGAAUUCUGUCGAGGGAUGAAUGUAUUGAUCCUUUCUCUAAAACAGGGAACCUCAGAAAUCUCUUUCCAUGUGGCGACUCAAUGGUUUGUAUCAUUGAUGACAGAGAAGAUGUGUGGAAGUUUGCACCUAACCUCAUAACAGUAAAGAAAUACGUCUAUUUUCAAGGGACAGGGGAUAUCAAUGCACCACCUGGGUCUAAGGAAGCUCAGAUGAGGAAGAAAGCAAACAAUGUGAAUAAGCCUAAUGAGGGAUCGGAGGCAGCAUCAUCUGUCCAUAAGGAGUCAGAGGAAGUAAAGGUCUCUGCUGUGGAGGAACACAGCAAUGGCCUUAGGAAACGCUUCAAGGAGCAAAACGGCAACCAAAACACACCUGCAGAUGACUCUACCUCAAAAAGUGACGCUGCAAGUUCUCAGGACAAAGCUAAUGAAAGAAUACACUUGGGAGGGGAGUGCACUAGUGUAGCGGAAGCUUCUAAGGUUAACUAUUCUGCAAAUGUAAGGGAACACCACUCCGGCUCCACUCAGCAGGACAGUGGCAGGACGAUUGCAGAUAAGCCAUUGGUCAAAAGCGCCGGCGGCGACAGUGUUGCAAAUGACUUUGACUUUGACCUGUCUAGUGACAGCGAAAGCGAACAUGAUUCAGGGGCAGGGAAAGCCUCCUCCAACAGCGAUAGCGAAGGGAAAAAUAGCUGUAAAAGAGCAAAGAAAUUGCAGUCUAUGCAGCCAGAGCAGGAGAAGAGCAAGAUCAACACGGUCGGGGAGAACCAUUCUGGGGAGAAGCAGGUUGAUCCCGAGGACCAGGUUUGUGACAUUCAGCUAGACAAUGACCAGAAUAGCCCGGGGGGCUUGGGCAACGGUUGCAGAGAAAAAAAAGAGGCAGAGACAGAGUCUCAGAACAGUGAGCAGUCCGGGGUGACCAUGGGGGAGUCUCUGGACCAAAGCAUGGAGGAGGAGGAGGAGGAGGAGGAAGAAGAUCUGGAUAAGGACGACCAUUUGAUAUACCUGGAAGAAGUCCUGGCCCGCAUACACAUGGAGUACUAUGCCAGGUAUGACCGUUACCUAAAGAAGGAGUUACCUGAGGCACCUGACAUCCGCAAGAUUGUCCCUGAGCUGAAGAGCAAGGGGCUGGCAGGGACGAUAAUUGUUUUCAGUGGAUUGUACCCCACCAAUUAUCCCAUGGAGAGAACACGGGAGUGCUAUCACGCAGUUGCCCUUGGAGCAAAGAUCAGCAAACACCUAGUACUUAAUGCUAAAGAUCCCAACAGGACAACGCACUUGAUCGCUGCUCGACCUGGUACCGAGAAAGUAAGACAAGCCCAGGGCUGUAAACACCUGCACAUUGUCAACCCAGACUGGUUGUGGGGGUGUCUGGAGCAGUGGGAGAGAGUGGAAGAACAGCUUUUCCCUUUGAAGGAGGACUACAUCAAAACACAAAGAACCAACAGUCCUGCCACAUUUCCCGACAUCCAAAGUACAUUUCAGGCGCCGUUGUUCCACCCAACUCCCAUCCACCCGAAGGUACAGGCCGGCCCGGAGGUACGGAUCUACGACCCUGUAACAGGGAAACUGAUCAGGAAGGGUUCCCAGAGCUCCAGGCAGUCUCCAUACAUCCAGUUGCCAGCUUCCCCAGUCACACUGCCGGUGCACGGAGAGCAGUCUUCCUUCAGGGUGGUGCAGCCCCACCAGCACUUGGGUGAGGAGGAGCUUCAGUGUUCGAGCCAGGAUGAUGAGCAGCCAGGCCCCUCGCGGAGGGAACGACAGCCGAGCAUGUCGGAGUCGAUGCCCCUGUACACCCUGUGCAAGGAAGACCUGGAGAGCAUGGACAAGGAGGUGGAUGACAUGUUAGGGGAAGAGAGUGAUAAUGAAAGUGAAGGCGGGAAGGAAGAAAAGGUGGAAGAGGAGGAAGCAGGAAAGAAUCCUCCAGAGGGACAAAAUCCUAAAACCCUUGGAACGACAGUAGAGGAGAAGCCUAAAACGUCAUCGAGCGAGGAGGGGAACUUGACAGGCAGUACCCCCAGGGGCCACAAACGCAAGCUAGAGGAGGCUGGGGGCCGAGAUGGGAAUUCCAGUAGGGAAUCGAGCAAGGAGUCGAGUAAUGAAGACGAAGAGGGCAGCAGCUCCGAGGCGGACGAAAUGGCUGCAGCACUUGACGCCGAACUCAAUGACUUCAUGUAAUGCCAGCACUGCGUGUAUGGGAAGUCGGCAGUGUGAGUGAGUGUGUGUCCGUGAUUGUGUGUCGUUCCACUGCUAGAUAAGGGAACAUUGCUUUUUUUUUUUUUUUUUUUUUUUUUAAAUAAAAAAAUAAUAAUAAAUAAGCAAACAUGUUUUAAAUGUUUUAUUGUGAAAUAAAAGAGAAAAAAAAACUUGUUUUGCUUUUUUGUUUUGUUUUUUAUAUAAAGGUAAGCUUUGCCAAAGAGUUUAAACUGGGGCUUCUGUGCCCUUCCAAGUUUCCAAUUAGUUUUUUUGCUGAUCAAUUUACAUUAGGUAACUUCAGCAUAUUCAAAGGUUUAGAUUAAAGAUUUAAACCAGUGAAUUCUGAAGUAUUUGAGUUUUCCAGGCCUGGUUAAAAAAGGCACCCUUAUCAGCCUGAGCACUUUGGUCUGAAUUAAGUUUGUCAACCUUAAACAAAUUAAUAAAUACAAUUAAAUAACAUAGAUUGUUAAGUGAAAAACAAAAUUAUAGAGACUGCUGUCUGGAUUUGCAGGUUUCCUCUUGUCUAUCUUGUAUUACUUCUCUGAAUCAAUAUUUUCAUGGUUUUAAUACCUACUAUAUUUUCUAAAUAGUUUGGUUCUUUGGGAAAGAGCAGCGUUUAGAUUUUAACUAUUUUUCCUCUGUAAUGUGGGAUUUUCAGCACUGGAUACUGUGCGGUCCUAACUGCCAUAAUGUGUUUUUUUUCAUCCAUUUAUUAUCUCAAGACAAACAGAAAUAAAAUGAAAUGCUAGUUUAGAGUUUUUCUUUUGUUGUUGUUUUGUUUUGUUUUGAAUGAUUGAUGUAAAGUUUUUGUAUAUUCUAUUUCAUAUUUGACCUGUAGGAAUAAUUCUUUUCAUUUAAUAAAGAUUCAUUUUUUAA